AUGGCUGGAGCUAGUAGCACAGGUGCCACCGUAGCCUUGACACUCGAGGAAGCACCCACCGAGUAUCUGACUCGCUUCUGGCGUGCCAAUGCUUCUGCCUUCAUGCGCUGGUUCCUAGCACUUCCUUACACUGGGCAAGUUUCUCUGUUACGCAAUGCAUCACCUGACAUUCCCGUGUCCUACAACUGUAAAGAAACAAGACCACAGGCUACACAGCUACUCACGCCCGAAUUGACGCUUCAGGGGCUCUUAGAGGAUAAUGGUAAAGUGUUGCUGCGAAUGAUGAACGCACGUGCCACCAAGAGAGAACAAUGCAGUCGCCAUGACUUGUUAUAUCUGACGUCGUUGCGUGCGACCGACAUUAUGCCGACGUUCUCAGGCGAGACGUUCAUGCACGUCUCGCUGGCCUUCAUUGACCUGGCAGACCCUGAGCAUAAUGUUCAGUCCUUGCUGCCCUCAGCAUCAACACAGAUUGUAGAAGAAAAGAAAGCUUUGAUCAAACAGGGCAAGCUGAUGGAAGCAGACGUGUGGCUCACGCUGCAGAUGCGACAGCAGAUCAUCCUCACGUUCCUGACGAACGUGGCGCACACAUUUGAAACGAUGUUUUUGAAACAGACGAUGGUAGGUGACGUCAGUACAUCGGAAGUUGGAUGUCGAUACUGCGGCUCUUCCACUCGUCAGGUGGAAGGAGGAGGAGCGGCGACGUUGUUGCAAUGUGCGUGUGAAGCGACGUUUUACUGCUGCAAGGAGCAUCAGGUAGAGGACUGGACUAAUCAUAAGACGAGUUGCAAGGCCAUUCGGAAAGAGAUGGCUGCUGCAGAACCAAGUGCCGAAAAACAAGAGAUUUACUGA